AUGGGAAACUCUGAUGCCCUGGAUGGCCAUGGAUCACCAGGUGGCACUGUGAUAUGGGCCAUUGUCGGUGCCAGUGUGGUUGCUUUUAUCCUCAUACUUGGAGUUGCAGGUUUUAUUCUCUGGAAAAGAAGAAAGAGACCUGACUCAACCAGCAUUCUGAAUAACAUCUAUGAUGAGGUCACAACAUCCACCAACAUUCAACUCACAGACACAGGCGCCACCUAUCGGACAGAUGGGAACUACAGCCCCACAGACCCAGCCAACAUUGCCGAUCUCUACGCAAAACCAAACAAGAAGAAAUCAACGCCAAAUGUCGACCAACUCUACGCUAAACCUAUGAAAAAGAGACCUAAUGACGCAAAUGUUGAUCAGAUGUAUGCCAAGCCACAUAAGCCAACAGGUGUCUCAAAUAGUAGUUUCUGUCAGAAUGGACUAGACGAUGAAGAUGAGGGUUCUGUAGAAAACAUGCUGUAUGAGACUACUGGUACUAUCACAUUUACAGACAGUGAGGAAGGAUAUGUUGACAAUGAGUUGUAUGGAAGUACUGCAUGAAAGUGUAUACUUCGUAGGAAGCUGAUUCAGAAGGUCUUGUCUUGUGAGAUUUUCUCACUUCUAAAAUUGUUGUACAUAGUUUUAGUCUUUAGGCCACACCGAUUUAAUUUUAUGGAUGACAUCCUCUGAAGACCCCCAAACUAGUGCGUGCGGGCGAAAAAAAGAAA